GACAUACGUAUCGUGUUUGAUGAUCCAGAUUCCACGGAAACUUGCUUAUCAAUGCGCGGGGUCGGAAAAGUAUCGAAGUCCGAAUGGCCAAGAGAAAGCACGCAAGGAAUUACGCCAUCUAGCUUUGAGCACACCUACUCAUUUGGUAGCAUCAAAGGUUUCUUAGCUUACCAAUAGGGAAUCUAGAGAAUUACGUAAAGUAGAAUAUGCCUAAUAUUGGGUAUAAUGUAAGAUAUAAAGAUGGAGGAUGGGAUGGCAUAUUUAAUUCUUUUAUCUUCCACUCCUUCAACGGAGUUAGUGAACAUGGCAUGAUAUCUCCGGUUUCACAACCCCGCCAAGCAAGGUACACAAAUAUCGUGAGGAGUUGAACAGAAUUAUAACACCAUUGCUACUCAUUAAUCACGAUGGUCUCCGUAGAUUCGCCGUUAGAUCUCCGGAUACUCUCCAUAGAAGAGCUAUCCACUUUCAUCAUGACGUAGAGUUGAUCUCAUAACCAUGUUAAGGGACCCUCAAGUUUAAGAGCUCUUUAGUGACGUCAGAGACUUGUCUAUCGUUGUCGUCAAUUCAAAUAGUCCAAACUCCUGUAAUUCGUCUUCCAGUGACAAACUACUAUUCUCACGAUAUUAGCACUUCUAAACCACAUAAAACUAUCUCGACAACAAACACUUCAUCCAAGUCACAUCCAGCACAUAUUCAUUAUGCCUCGAGACGGAAGCGGUCGAGCUCACAACACUCAGGAUCUCUCAUCCGAGACUGACCACCACAUCAUCCACGGAGCUGGUGCUGAACCUAAGGACUCCCACGUCGCACGAGCGGAUAAGACUGCAGAACUCCCCGAACAUGAACAUGGUGCUGGCAUACCAGGGUUGGGCGCCAGCGGUGGACAGAGUCAAGGUUUAGCGCAAGGCCCGGAUCGUGGACAAGGCGGACGCGGGAGCACGAAUUAAGUCAACGGACUCGAAUAAUCCAGGAUGGGGGAAUGAAGGUGCUGAAUUAGAGCAUCCAAGGGCUCUGUGUUAGACAGCAGCACCUAGUGUACACACCCCAUUACAACGAAUUACAUUAAUAAUACAUUUUUACUGGCACCAUCCGGUAAUUUUGAUCGCAGUAUCAAUCCUGGAUGGACACGUCCAUCCACACCGUUGUUCCAAUCGGGUUGAUACGGCAAUUGGUUUAUCGUGAAGUAGACAUAUCCGUCCCAGCCUACGUUCGCGCUGUCCGGCCACACUAUGCGUGGGUCUCGAAUGUACGGUAAUGUGGUUCGGGUUGAAUAGCUGUAGAACUGUAAGCAGGGGUAUGCAGCGCUAAAUUUCACCCGACUUCAGAAUGUUCAUACUUGUAGGAAUAUAUAGCAUUAUG